AUGGCGGCGACGCUGGCGGAAAACGGGACCCCGGAGGAGCAGGCGUACCUAUCGGACGCGACCGCGAACGUCCGGCGCCAUGCGUUCUUCAUGCGGAAGGCGAUGGACGAGAACAACAUCAGAGAGGCGCUGAGAUACGCAGCAGCGAUGCUCGGGGAGCUCAGGACUCAGGCGCUCGGACCACAGCGGUACUUCGAGCUCUACAUGAGCGUCUUCGACGAGCUGCGCGAGCUCGAGCGCUUCUUCCGCGACUGCGUGGGCCGCGGCCACAGCCACGCCUCCCUCUUCGAGAUGGUCCAGUACGCCGGCAACGUCCUCCCGCGGCUCUACCUCAUGUGCACCGUCGGCGCCGUGUACAUCACGUCCGGGGAGGUCCGCGCGCGCGACGUCGCCCAGGAUCUGAUCGAGAUGUGCAAGGGCGUUCAACACCCCAUGAGGGGCCUAUUCCUCCGCAACUACCUCUGCCAGAUGGUCAAGGGCCGCCUGCCGGGCGCGCAGGCCGGCGCCUCGGACGAGGAGACGACCGACGCGAUCGAGCUCAUCCUCGGUUCCUUCGUCGAGAUGAACAAGCUGUGGGUGCGCAUGCAGCACCAGUACGCGAGCACCACGCCCGGCGCGGCCGAGGCGUGCGCGCGCGACCGCCUGCACCUCCAGGACCUCGUCGGCCGCAACCUCGGCAUGCUCGCCCAGGUCGAGUCCAUGGGACUGCAGCGCUACUGCGACGACGUGCUGCCGCGGCUCCUGCACCAGGUCGUGGCGUGCCAGGACGCGCUCGCGCAGGCGUACCUCAUGGAGGGCAUCGUGCAGGCGUUCCCGGACGAGCACCACCUGCAGACGCUCGGGCAGCUGCUGGACGCCAUGGGGAAGCUGCAGCCGGGGGUGGCGCUGCACAGAACCACGGGGUCGCUGCUCAAGAGGCUGGCGACCUACGCGCAGACGAGCCCCGCAGCACUGUCGGCGCUCCAGCGCGCCGGCGCGCUCGAGACGCUCGAGGACGCGGUCUCCAAGGCCACCCACGUCAAGCCCGCUGACUCAGCACAAGGCAGCGAGUCCUCCCCCUCCAAGGCCACGCCGCCCGCACCCGCGCAACUCGCCCCGCGCGACCUCGCGGCGCUCAACCUCGCGCUCGCGCAGCUCGUCGCCGCCGUCAAGCCGGGCGACUCGGGUCGGACUGACGCGAUCUUUGCGUCUGUCUCGGACGCGCUCCGCGGCAGGACGCUCUCCUCGGAGGCCGAAGCCGCGGUCCGCGAGCUCCUCACGCACGGCGUCGCGACCUUCGGCCUCGCCGGCGCGCUCUCGCUGCCGCACUUCGGCCACCUGCAGGCCCUCCUGAGCUACCCCCGGCGGCACGAGCUAGCGCUGGCCACGUGCAAGGACAUCGUGGCGAAGAAAGCGCGGAUCACGUCGGACCGCGAGCUGCAAGAGCUGUUCGAGUUUGUCGCGCCCGUGCUCGUCGACGCGCCGGAGGGCACGGACGGGGCCGUGUCGGCGGCAGCGCGCGACGGGACCAUGGGCUUCGAGGAGGAGCAGGGGACGAUCGCGCAGCUGAUCGGGCUGCUGGACGCCCCGGAGUCGGGUGCGCAGCUGGCGAUGCUGCGGACGGCGUACGGGCACCUGCGGAGGGGGGGGGGUCAGAGGAUGAAGCACACGCUGGAGCCCCUGACUCAUGCGGUGCUCAAGGUGGUGCGCACGCGGUCGUCGGGCGGGGAGCUUGACGUUCCCGCGGCGCUGCGGCUCGCGAUGGAGGUCGCGGCGACUGCGGCGGACGUCGCGGGGCCGCACCAGGCGCGGCGCGUGCUAGUAGACAUGGUGGCAGCGAUCGGCGACGGUGCUCGGCUGGGGGUGCCGACGGACGAGACGUCGUGGGCGGUGUGCGACGAGGCGCUGCGGCGCGCGCUGCGGCUGUACGAGACGUCGGUCGGGUCGUCGGCCGGGCGGCUGCGCUGCGUGACGGAGACGGCGGAGGUCCUCGCGGCCUGCGCGGGGAUGCCGCACGCGCUCCGGGCGCCGCUGGUGGAGGCGGUGCGGGCGCACGCGGCGCUGAUACUGCCGUGGGAGGACCGGUGCCGGGCGCUGCUGGCUUGCGCGCACAUGUUCUGGUGCACAGGGGGGGCGUCUGCAGGUGGCGGAGUCAGGGACGCCAAAGGAGUAGCGGAGUGUCUGGACCGGGCGAAGGAGUUGGCCCGGGCGGCGCGGCGGCAGUUGGACUUGGCUGGCCGGACGGACGACGCGACCCCCGCGCAGCUCUGGGUCGACAUCCUCGACGCUGCAGUCGAGUGGGAGGAGAACGGCUGCGGGGACGAAGCCCACGCGGACGUCGCGGGCGUGCUCGAGGAGUGCCGCAAGGCAUGCAGCACCCCUGGUGCCCAGGCGAACGAGGGGCUGCAGCGGCAUUUCAAAGCAGUGAAGAGGUACAUCGGCCAGCUGCAGAGCAGCUCGGAGAACCUGGAGCUCGCGCAGCGCUUUGCAGGGCUCAAAAUAGAUUGA